AUGUUUCAGAGUGGCGGACGAAGGCUGCAAUAAAAAUACCGUCUUGUUGAAUCCUCAGUCUACAAGGAAUCGUCAGAUUAUAUCUAUCCGAAAACGAGGAUUUUAAUUAUCUUUCUUUCGAGGUGGCGAAUCAGCCGAUGUAGCCUAAUAAGCGUAAUCAAAGAUCAGCACGUUAAAGAAGCUUCUCAGUGCCACUUGAUGAAAACCUCGAGCAUCGUGGAAGGUACCGAGAGAUACAAUCAACUGAUGGAGAUCUAUUAUAUUCUGCAGUAUUCUUCCCGACACUGGCUGAAAAAUCCAAUAAAACAUUGAUUGUAGAUUUCCGCGUCAUUCAGAACGUCUUUACGCGAUCCAGAGGGCCGACGAACCUUCAGUUAUUCAAUCACAUUUCACAAUUUGUAAUGAAUCGUACGUGCGACUAAUACAAUGCAUAACAUUUAUUAAAAGAGACAAGGAACGUCCAAAUUAAUAGAUAUCACAUUCUUGUUGUAUUCAUAACAACUUAAUCAAUAGGAGCUGAACUUAUAUUCAACAUGCGGGUCAUUUUCGCAUUCACUUACGGCACUGCAACUUGGGAAUAAUAAGUCGCACUAAGAGUGCUACCUCUACAACUAAAGGAGUCAUAUGCUAGAUAUCUAAAAAUAAGAGUUAAAUUUGAGGCAUGGCAAAGUCUGAUGUAAUUUAAUGGAAUGAUAAAUAUGAAUGCUAAUUGGAUUGCAAAUUCUAGGAUAAAUCAAACUACCGUCGGCAUUUCUUUGAAAAUGUAGUAAUAUACUGUAAUAAUGGGCUCCUGAAACUCUCGUGGAACACAAUACCUCAAGAUACAAGAAAAGCUACCGUGGUGCUUCGUACACGUAGGUAUCAAGCUUAGUAAAAAAGCUUAAUAUUACCACAGAGACACAAUACGUAACGUGCUAGUUCAAGUGAAGUUCAACCCAUAUGGAAGACGAUCUACAUAGAAAAGUACAUACUACAAAUUAAAUUUCUGACGACAAUCCGGUGCAUGCACCUUUUAAACUUCUGAACUUAGAAUACGUCAAACGAAGAAAGUCAGUCGUAUUCACACUAUAAUCUUUAAUCGGGCACACAUGGCAAAACUACAUUAUGCUACAUAAAUAUUAUUUAUUAAAGCUGCAAAUGAGAUAAAAUAUAAAAUGGAUGAAAUGAAUGAACAGGAGUUUACUUCAUUAGACAGCUAUGAUAACUUGACCAUGACGUCAGUUCCGGUCAGCCUAAGCACUGCUGCAAGUAUUAGCGUAUUAUACGAAAUAUAUAUGAACGUUGAGUUUAACGUGUAUGGAAUAGUAUUACCUAUCGUAUGUAUAGUUGGAAUAGUUACAAACAUACUCAACCUGCUUGUUUUAACAAGACCUUUGAUGCGAAACGCGACCAACAAGUUUCUUUUAGGACUGGCUGCGUGUGAUUUAGGCGCUCUGACAAUCCUGCUCAUAUAUUAUAUAUAUUUUUAUUCAUUAGGGAAUGGUGCUAAAUUGAAUGAUGAUGGCGACUGGUUAACGAUUCCGUUUCCAUGGAGACUAUUUUAUCACGUACACACUAUUCCCACCAAUAUAUUUGUCACGGCCUCGAACACGCUCAUCCUAGGAGUAACCGUAUUUCGCUUCUGCGCAGUAAAGUUUCCAAUCAAGGCUAAAAAACUGUGUACCAAUCACCGGGCUAAGUUAUACAUAGUCGCUACACUUAUAUGGGCGGUGAUCUUAAACAGUCCUGAAUUUUUUCAAAAACAUUUGGUAUGUGCCAAAUCUGAAAAUAUAAUAAACGGCACCAUCUAUUCUACUUCAAUAUGGAAACUGAAUUCAACUUCGAUAUACUACAAUAGGUUAUUUCAAACGAUAUAUUAUCCUACAAAAACUGCACUGAAUAUUCUGAUUCCUUGGCUAGCUUCACUUAUCUUGACUGUUAUAUUGAUUCAUUCAUUAUGGGCAAACGUCCCGGCUAAAAAGUCUAAAAACACACGGCUACGAAGACGAUCUGAUCAGCUCAUUCAGUCAAAGCUCACGGCGAUGUCGAAAAUGCGCAAGAAUUAUUACAUAACCUGGACCCUGAUUGCUGUUAAUUUUUGUUUUUUGAUUUGUGAAGGACCAUCUGCAGUUUUCUUUAUGCUUAUCAUCUCCUUGGAUAGAGAAGAAUUAUACAAAGGGGAAUAUUCUAUAGCGAGAGUGUUUAUUGAUAUGUUUCUUGUCAUGAACCUCGCUUUGAAUUUCUUUAUGUACGCCAUGGCCAGUCGGUCGUUCCGUCAAGAACUUACACGUUUAUUCUAUAAUUCCCCACUAUUAAGAAGAUACGGAAGUUUAGUGCAGAAUGGAUCAAGCUUUAGGAGCUCAAGACACCUAACUUCGAGCAUAAGGAGUACAAAAUUAGUACAUCAGGGAAGCUACAAGUCUCAACAAAGUUACCAUUUGUGAGAAUAUGGCCCUCCGGCGCAUUUAUUUCGUAAAAAACGGCUCGGCUUUAAAGAAACAGAAUCGUUUAGUGACGAAUGGGAGUGAAUUUUAAGAUAUUAUAGUUUAUGAUCACGGCCUUCUUUGUCGUAACUUUGAGUUUACGAAAAUGUCCAGAUGUUCUGACUUUAUUUAAAACUUCCGACAUUAUUUGUAUUCUGUAGAGAGAGCUUAACAAAAAUUUCAUUAAGGCCUUAAUUAAGCGUUUAACAAAAAUUUCAUAAAGGCCUUAUUUAAGCGUUUAACAAAAAUUUCAUUAAAGGGUUCCGAUUAGCAUCCCGUAUAAAAACAAUAUGGCGGCUCCAGGCGAAUCAACUGGAUCAGUCCAUUUUUAAGAAAUAAGGGGAGUUCUGUAAAAUCCAGUUUAUUGAAAUUGUCUUUGAGAUAAAGUAAUCCGUUUAUAAUGAUUUUGAAAACGUUAUCCAAAGAGUGAUUGCGUUCAAAGAAUACAUGUACAGCAGCCAAUAUAAAUCCUUGUAUUAGAAACCGGUUUGUCUUGCUUUGUUUCAUUUGUGGGAUAUUUCAUAUGCCAAGCUGUGUGCUAUUACGUUAUGGGG